UGUCAUUCCAUUCCAGCUUUAGAACAUCACGAGUCUCCACUCACCGACCCCCUCUCGGUCCCCAUCUUUUUUACUGACAAAAAAAAAGGGCAUAUAUGCAUGCCCAGUACUUCCAAACAGGCCAUGGAAAGACAAGGAGAGCUUGCGCGCAUACAUAUCCAAACUUCUAUCUUCAACGUCUCCAAAGAGAUCAGAAUGCACAACUCUAAGUCUUCUUCUUUUUCUUCUUCAUCCUUCCAAAGUCUAGAAGACGAGCCUGUGGCUGAUCAGGAUAUCACACGCUUUGACAAGUCUCUCCAGGAGCUUAGACAGUUCCGUGCUCAGCUUCAUUCUGCCGCCGAUUAUUCCGAAACCACAUUCUUGAAUGCCAAAGAGAAGAAAAUUGUGAUGGAAAACACAAAAGAGUACAUAUGCCGGGCGGUGGUGAGUGUUGUUGACCACCUUGGGACUGUCUCUGCCAACCUUAACGGCUGCCUUUCUCAGACCAAUGCAUUUUCCGAGGCCGAGCUUCGAAUCAAUUGCCUAAAACAAAGACUUCUCGUUUGCGAACAAUAUGCCCACAAGCUCGCUCUGACUCAACUACGGUGGAGGGAGAAUUUAACAAGAUAUCAUCGACGUUAUUUGUCAAAGCCAACGGCAAACGUUGAGAAAGCAUGUGAAGGUUCAAGGGAUAGUACUACUGAUGAUCAAACUAGUUGCAGAAUAUUCGUAGAUAUUGAUCAACAUGAGCUUGUCAGAGCUGAGGAGGAAAUUCCACUUUUCUUGUACACAUACACUCACAAGCCAUCUCUUGAGAAAGCAAAUAGCGACUUAACAUUAGUGUCGUUGCCUGUUCGUGAUGGUUUGUCGGCAUUGUCAAAACGUUUGAUUAAUCCUACAUUUCAUUUCCAGGCCAGUACUACUCAGAAAAGUGGGCGCCAUAGAAGAUCAGUGCAUGGCAGUGAUAUCUUAUCCCUUAUUCGGCGAGCUAAACGAACAGCAUGAUGAAUAAUAUUCUUGAGUGGAAAAUGCUUUCUUAGGUAGAUGUUUUGAAGUUUCUCUAUAUGGGGUAGUUCUUCAGAAAAUUAGGACAAUGAGAACAUAAAUACCUUUAGUGUUGGAACAAAAUUUGGAAUUUCUAUCUUGUUAUGACUCUGCCUAAUGCAGUGUAUGUUCCUUUAUGAGAAAUUUUACUUUUGAUGA